UCUCGGCCUCUUUAAACAUGGUUGAGGGGGAAUCUUGGGUUUGACAACUCAGUAGCAUCCUUUAAGCAUCCAAUGAAGGUCUGUUUGCCUUUGCUUUAUGACCCUCCCUCCCUCGACCUCUCUCUAAUUCUUUCUCGUCUCUUUGUUUCUCUCCCAGUUUGAUUUCCUCGAUGUGGUGAUAUACCCGUUUGUAUCCUGAGCUUUCUGGUGAGAAUUUUCGAGGAAUUUUCUAGGAAAAGACACUUCUUUUGGGUCAUGGACUAAUGGGUUUGUGUAAAAACGGAACUUUGACCAUCUGGGUUUUUACCAUUUUUGCCUUGGAGAUGGUGGUUGCCAUAGAUUUGGCGGAGGUUUUAUGGUGAUUUUUAGUUUUGGGCUUUUUGGGAGGGAAUUAGGGUUCAAGGUAUUUGCUUAGGAUUACUGGCGUGAAGAAGACAUGGAGGAGAUAGAAGAAGCCAACAAAGCUGCCGUAGAGAGUUGUCAUAGAGUUAUUAGUCUCGUUUGUAGAGCACAACAAGAUCAUGGGUAUGGCAGGGAUUUGGUGUCUGAAACUGAGGAAGCUGUGUUCAGGUUUAAAAGAGUUGAUUCUCUUCUCAGCAGCAGUGUGGGUCAUGCUAGGGUCAGAAGAGCCAAGAAAGUGCAGACCCAUUUGUCUCAGAACAUUUUCCUCGAUCCUUGUCACCUUAGAACAGAACCUCCAUCCCAGAAAAAAACACAGUUUCUCCGGUCUGGUUUCCAUGAACUGAGUCUGCUGCCUUCAGAUUCCCUCAGUUUAGGAAACCUGUCUUUGGGUUUGAGCUCCAAUGCGAAAGGUCCUCUUCUACAGCUUACCCAGCAGGCGAAUUAUCACAACUUGCUUCAUAAACAACAACAACAUCAGCAGCAGUUACAUGAACGGUUGCAUGCUCAUCAGCAGCAGCAACAGAAACAUCAGGCUGAGAUCUUGCUUAGGAAGUGCAAUGGUGGGAUAAGUUUGAGCUUUGAUAAUUCCAGCUGUACCCCGACAAUGUCAUCCACCCGGUCAUUUGUUUCUUCCCUUAGCAUAGACGGUAGUGUGGCUAACGUAGAAGGAAAGAAUUCCUUCCAUCUGAUAGGAGCUCCGUCUUCAACGGAUCAGAAUCCACAGCCCCUUAAGAGAAAAUGUUCCGGGAAGGAAGAGGAAGGAAGCAUCAAAUGCAGUAGCAGUAGCCGAUGCCACUGCUCGAAGAAGAGGAAACAUAGAGUUAAGAGAUCCAUUAGAGUGCCUGCAAUCAGUAACAAGGUUGCAGAUAUACCUCCUGACGAUUAUUCUUGGAGGAAAUACGGUCAGAAACCGAUCAAGGGCUCUCCUCAUCCCAGGGGAUACUACAAAUGCAGUAGCAUGAGGGGUUGUCCGGCCAGGAAGCAUGUAGAGAGGUGUCUGGAAGAUCCGUCGAUGCUUAUGGUCACUUACGAAGCGGAGCACAAUCACCCGAAAAUGUCAUCGCAAUCUGUAACGACGUAAGCUUCUCGUGGAGGCGAAGGUUUCCUCUGCAACUCGUUGAAGUUGGCUCGAUGGGUUUUAGUUGCUGCAAUCAAAGCGAUGAAAUGUCGGAUUACGACAAAACUAUCCUUUCCAUCAUUCAAGCAUUCGAUGUUUUAUCUUUCUUCUUGUUCUUGCUUCAAAAGCUCGAUGGUUUACUAA